UCCAAUAUUAAGCAAAAUUGGUCGAACAUAACCUUGAAGGUCAAAAUUCUGACCUUUCUCUACUGCAAUCAAUGAAGGUAGAGAUUUAUUUGUAACAUGUGGCCUGCGUUAUCGUAGCAUUGGGAAGAUAAAAAUCAGAAAAACGUCAAAAAAUGGCAUUUAUUUGGAGGCACAUGAUAAAAAGAUCAUUAGUGCUACUCAAUCAGUCAAUAAUGAUACCAAAUCUUGACAUUCAUACCUCAAAAUAUAACUUUCAUGGGGAGUACGAAAUGCAGGAUCCCAAGUCAGAGGCUGAUAUAGUAAAUGUGACUUUUAUUGACAAAACAGGGAAAAGAAUUCCUGUGAAAGGAAAAGUGGGUGAUAAUGUUUUGUAUCUAGCUCAUAGAUAUGGAAUUGAAAUGGAAGGUGCUUGUGAAGCAUCUCUAGCUUGCACUACCUGCCAUUUAUAUGUGCACUUUGAUUAUAUGGACAAACUUCCCUUAGCUGAAGAGAAAGAGGAAGAUUUAUUAGAUUUAGCACCAUUUUUGAAAGAGAAUUCAAGAUUAGAAUUGGAUGGUAUAGAGUUAGAAUUGCCACAAGCAACAAGGAAUUUCUAUGUAGAUGGUCAUGCACCAGCUGCACAUUAACAUUUUAUAGAAUCUACAUCAAAAAAUGAUGUAGAGUGACGUUUAUUCAUAGAAGACUUCAGUUAGCAGUAAAUCAACGUUGAAAUUUGGUUAUUUUUUUAAAAAAGCCGCCAGAAGUAUGUGGCACCAUCUAGCGUAAGGGACGAAAAUGAGCUUUCUGUUUUUCCCUGCAAGGGGCACAAAAAUUAUAUUUUUAAUUCUUUUAUUAGCACCAGAGGGCAAUAAUAUAUUUUAAAAAAGCGUGAAGUUUAAAUAAAUUUUCAACUCA